AUGUCAGUCACGGCAGGAGUGAGUGAUACCAUAAUCACUAUAAGGGAAAAACUACGUGGUAAGAUUGGACGGACAAAAGUAAAAAGAUAUUGGCCUGGAAAAGCUCCCGAGUGGGCAGAGGAAGAAAAAGAAGAAGAUGUUGCGAUACACAAGGUUUUUGUUUUGGAUUGGAAGGAUGAUCCGAGGCUGCGACGUUUAGCUCAGGCAAGAACAGAAAACCGUGAACAAGUUAUAGCUGAUCAUCGGCGAAUUAGACAGGCUGAGAUUAUAUCUACAGAUCAAGAAGAGGAAGAAUUGAGGAACCAAGAGACUAGAGACGAGGAAGAAGAUGAAGAACGAAGAAGAAGAAUCAAAGAAGAGAAUCUUGAAAGAAAUCAAGAGGAGGAUGUACAAGAAGAAGAAGAGCUACAAGAUGAAGAUGAAGACGAAUACGAGACUGAUGAUUCAGAAGAAGAGACGAUGCAUGUUCAUGCCAUGAUCAAGCCUUUUUAUGUACGAAAAGCUGCGAGAGAUACAAUAGCUGAGCGUAAGCGGCUUGAGGCUGAAGUAGAAGCUUUUAAGGAACUAGCAAAGAAAAAACUUGAGAUAAGAAAGAUAGAGACGAAGCAAAUAGUAGUUGAGGAACUUAAGAAAGAUGAAGAGAUACUAAAGAACAUGUUACUGGAGGAAGAUGUGGAAACUGAUGAUGAAACCAAUGAAGCUGAAGAGUACGAAGUUUGGAGGACAAGAGAGCUCGCUAGGAUCAAGAGAGAAAGAGAUGCAAGGGAAGGUAUGUUGAGAGUUAGGGUUGUUGCGAUGGAUUUAAACGGGCCAAACGUAUUAAGCCCGUUUAAUAAAUUAUAG